CAUCCAGACAGACAUUCACCUUCUACUAGUUGCAAUUUUCAGUCUUUACAGAAACUUAUUAGAGAGAAGAGAAGACUGGCUCAAACUCUAGAGAAGAGGAGUUCUUGAAGAUCUUCUUUCUUCCCAGAAAUGGCAACCACCACAAGUCUAUCUCAGAUAUCAUGUUUUUCUUCAAUGAAUCGGAAACCCAAUCUUCAUCAACGCAAUCGAUUCAUGGUCUCAUUACCUGUUCGUCCAUCUAAGUCUUCAGUUGUUAUGCAACUUGAACGGGGAAGUGUAGAAUCUUCUAGUUUGGAUAUGAAAACUACAAUGACUUCUCCGGCUGGUGAUUCAAAGUUGCAGGCACAGGGGUCAGUUAGAUCACAUCCUACUAAUGAAGAGCCAGUAGAUGGACAGUUAGGGAAGGAUGUGGAGUUACAAGAACAAGAAAUUAAGGAGCCCAUAAAGGCAGCAAAGAUUCAUGAUUUCUGCUUUGGAAUUCCUUUCGGUGGCAUUGUUUUAAGUGGAGGAUUUGUGGGGUUUCUGUUUUCAAGAAACCCCUUAACUCUAGCCACGGGGAUUCUUUACGGAGGUGCUUUGCUAGCUCUGAGCACCUUUAGCUUAAAGGUCUGGAGACAAGGGAAAUCCAGCUUACCAUUAAUAUUGGGUCAAGCAGCACUUUCCGCAGCACUUCUCUGGAAGCAUUUUCAUAAUUAUUCUUUGACAAAGAAAAUUUUCCCAGCAGGGUUCUAUGCCAUCAUGAGCGCGGCAAUGCUGUGCUUCUAUUCCUAUGUGAUGAUUUCUGGUGGAAACCCACCGCCAAAGAAGAAGUUAAGUGCACCAUCUCCUGCAUCUUGAUUCAGGCCGUGUGGCAGUAUAAUAAUCUAAGAUAGUUCUUUUGCCAUCUUGCCUUUAUGAGUUGAAAUACCUAUGUACCUGGUUGAGUGUUCCGUUAAAUAUUAACUGUAGAAUUAGUCAUGGCAUUAGCAUAAUAUGGGGAUUUUGGUAUGAAAGCUUUAUUAAGCAUAAUUAGGAAGGAAAGAACAAUGUAUUGUAUCAUAUGAUAGCCUUGAGCUACAGAAUCUGGGACUUUGAAAGCUUUAUUUGCUGCAUUUUGUUUUUAUUUUUUUUUGUGAAUAAAAAAUUUGUUUCAAGUGAAACUUGGUCUGUAUUCUUAAAAGCAUGCCUAGUCGAAAACUAGGAUAUGAAUGACUGUGUUUUGAUUGUA